UAUGAUUUUAUAUCAAGGUGAUUGUUUUAGCUGGUUGUGCCAUGUCACUGUCGGCCUUUGUGGGCUUGUCUUGCUAGCAGCUGCACAAAAGAGAGGGAGGAGUAAUUAGAGAGAAAAGGAACACUGAUAAGAUGAGACAUGAAUCAACUCAGAAUGAAGACAACGUCCUGCAAAUGCCAGCAUAAUGGGUACUGAUAACCAAACCAUAGACCAUUCAUCUGGAGAUGAAGUGGCUGAAAAACUCAUACGCACCUUCUCCCUGUUCAUGUACUGCAUGAUUACUGUGGUUGGGACUGUAGGCAAUGGCCUAGUCAUCUACGUGACAGGCUUCAAGAUGAAGAAAACUGUCAACUCUGUGUGGUUUUUGAACCUGGCUCUGGCAGAUUUCCUCUUCACAGCCUUCCUGAUUUUUUCAGCUGUCUCUCUCUAUCAGGAGUACCACUGGCCCUUUGGAAACUUCAUGUGCAAGCUCAACAGCUUUGUGAGCGUAGUCAACAUGUUUGCCAGUGUCUUUUUUCUGACAGCCAUAAAUUUAGACCGUUGUUUGUCCACCUUGGUGGUGGUGUGGGCACAAAACGAGCGCACCGUCCAUAAAGCUCAAAUCAUGAGUGCUAUUAUCUGGUUGGCGGCUGGGAUCUGCAGCACACCUCAAACCUACUUCCGUACCCUGGUACCAGGGGAGGGUAACCGGACCUUUUGCAUGUACGACAAUUCUACCAUGACAGAGGAACAAAAGUGGGGUCUGUACACUUUUCGUUUUGUUGUUGGCUUCCUCGUCCCGUUCAUGGUCAUGCUUUUUUCAUAUUUGGCCAUAGGAAUCCGUUCCAGGCGCUUGCAACAAAUGAAGAAACAGAUAUCUCACCGGAUUAUUUGUUUCAUUGUCGCUGCAUUCUUCAUCUGCUGGUUGCCAUUUCAUGUUCUAAGUUUUAUGGAAUUAACCUUCCCUAAUUACAAGAAACUUCAGAAGAUUGGAGGUCCUCUGACUAUGAGUCUAGCUUUCCUGAACAGCUGCCUGAACCCCAUCCUCUAUGUUUUCAUCCGAGUUGACUUCCAAGACAAGCUUCAUCAGUCGGUGUGCUUUGUUCUAGAACAUGCUCUGGAAGAGGACCACUUGUCAUCCACAUUUCGUUCUGUGCCAUCAAGGGCUGCUAGAAAAUCAGAGUCCUCUUCUCCUAUCUAGUGUAAAUAUGUAGUUAUUUCCAAAACGUUAUAUCGAUGGCA